AUGAAUUUGUUUAGAGAACGGUCGAGGAUUUUCGUGCCCUUGUUGCUGAUUUUUUUGGCGGUAGAUGUUAUAAUAGCUGCGUGUUGGUUCAAUUGGUUCUCUAUUCCAUCAAAAAUUGUCUCUGCUUUGUCGGACGGAGGUGUCGUUACGAUUGAAAAUGCAAACACUCACACAGCUUUUUGGGCUCAGAUAGCUUCUUUUGGAAAACAGAAUCUGUUUGAAAAUUCUACGGGACUCAUGAUUCACCUGGAAACGCCAGCUUAUGACAAUCCAGACGGUUGUUUCUCAAUGUCCCCGGACCCGGUCACGGUUGAAAGGAAACGCGAUGUUUGGGAAAUGGAGAACGGAAUUGUCCGCGACGGAACAUACCUUCUCGUAAAUCGAGGUGGAUGUACGUUUGAGAAGAAGGCAUUAGAAGCUCAGAAUCGUGGAUUUCAAGGAAUUAUUGUCGGUGAAACCCGAGGAAGAUCUACUUCUUCUUUGGGACUGGUUCGCAUGCUCAACAAGACGGGAGCAGACGACAUUUAUAUAACAGCCCUUUUUGUACAGAAGACGGCUUUUAUUGAGCUGAAACUUGAACUACUCGACAAUCCACACACGGAGUACAUUAUCAGACCUUUGGCUCCAACCAAUGCUUUGCUUCAACUACUGUUCGCCUUUCUUCCUUUUGGAAUUGGUAUAUUAGUGUACGAAACGCUUGUGCUAGUCCAACUGGUCUCGGCCCCCGUAUCGCCUAGCUCCAGCUUUCGACUGCUUAACAAUGCAGCACCCGCCGGGGAAAAUGGCAGCAGCGACGAAGACGAUGAAACACUUUUGAGUGUCGAUGAAGCAACGUGCAGAGCCCUGUACGGAGUAGAGUGUGUCAUCUGUCUAAAAUCUUUUACAAAGGGCGAUACGAUUGUUUGUCUGCCUUGCGGCCAUCAAUUCCAUCGGCCUUGUAUCACCACUUGGCUUGUAGAAUAUCGGCCCGUUUGUCCUACUUGCAACAUUCCCGUUUCGCAAAUGAACAUGACUGCAAAACGACUUUCUGCUUGA